AUGCCUCCACAAAGAGCUGCUAACAACCGGCAAAAUAUCGAUCCAACCGUUGACCUGGCAGGCGCCAUCCAUGCAAUUCACGCAAUGGCUACUGCUAUGGCUCAACUAGCUGCAACUACUACUCAACAAGCUGCAGCUCGAGCCCACCGCGAUGCUAUCAGGGACCAGAGAGAAGAAGCUGCUACUGAAGCCAGAGAAUUAAGAGAUUAUAAUCAGUACAACCCACCAAAGUUCAAUGGAGAGCAUGAUCCAGAUAAUGCAGUUCGUUGGCUGGAGGAUAUUGAGAAAAUCUUUGAGAUGCUCCAUUGCACUGAUGCGAAGAAGUUGGAGUACGGAACCUUUCUGCUCAGAGCCGAGGCGGAAUCAUGGUGGCGAGGUGAGAGGCAGAUAAUGGAGAAUAACCAUGAAGUGCUGAACUGGGAGUCCUUCAAGCAGAAAUUCUUGGGUAAGUACUUUCCGUCGAGUGCCAGAUCAGAGAAAGAGGCACAAUUCCUCAAGCUUUACCAAGGCAAUAUGACUAUCUCCGAGUAUGCUGAUAAGUUUGAUUCGUUGGCCAAAUAUUUUCGUUACUUUCGUGACCAUGUGGAUGAGGAUUACAAAUGUGAAAGAUUCGAGGAUGGACUGCGGUAUGAAAUCAGGGAGUCUGUGGAGCCCUUAGAGAUUCGUCAGUUUCAAGCAUUGGUGGAGAAAUGUAAGAAAGUGGAGCGGAUGAAAAGGGGACGCACGAAUAGGGGAGCAACUGGAGGGCCGUCUAGACCUCAGGGAUACCAGGACCGUGACAAUAGAGGUGGGCGACAACAUCCAUACCACCGACCUCAAGGGAAUGGUAGGGACCAAUCUCGAUCACAAAAUAGUGGAGGUCAGAGACUACACAAUGCAGGCAAUGUUCGAUGCUACCAUUGCGAUCAGGAAGGGCACGUGAGGACUGAGUGCCAAGAAAGAGUUAGAGUUUGUUACCUUUGUCAGCAGCCGGGACAUUUUGCUAGAGAAUGCAAAGAGCCAAAGGGGAAUCAGGUGCCACCCAUCAACAACAAUGAUGUUUCUCGCCCUAGUGCUAAGGGACGUGUUUACCACAUUGGAGGAGAAGAAACUUUGAAUGCCCCAGGACUAACCCAUGGUGAGUGUGAAAUUUUAUACUAA